GAAAAAAAAAAAGAGAAAAAAGUUUGACAAGUUUCCAGACAUCUAACUGUCAGAAGCGCAGAGAAGCAGGAUUCCUUCACUAUCCGCUUCAGACUGCUGGACAAACGAGGUAGGAGUGGAGCUGUGGUUGGAGUUGAUGGAGGGUGUAAAAACACCGAGGAGAACAUAGCAGAAAUGUAGCCGAGACGCAUGAAACUAACACCAAAAUCGCAGCGUUGCUUUUUCCGGGUUUGCGGACGAAGUUUGCUUGACUGAGGGUGUCGACUGAUUUAAUUUGUCCUUUUAUUUUUCCUCUAGAAAAUGAUGAGCGCUUUCAAUUUAGAUAUCAGACCACUGAAAGAGCCCCUGGGAUUUAUUCGUGUCCUGGAAUGGGUUUUUGCCAUAUUUGCAUUUGCAUCGACCAGCAGUUACUCUGGUACCACAAGCUUUAAUGUCCAGUGCCAAAAGACUGAACCUGUCCAUGAAAUCAACAUCACCUUCCAGUACCCUUUCAGGCUCAAUGAGCAGUCAUACCACGUCCCAGCCUGCAAAGUCAAUGCCUCAGGUGAGACCGUGGAGUACAAGCUGACUGGAAACUAUUCAUCUUCAGCUGAGUUCUUUGUCGCUGUUGGAGUCCUGGCCUUCCUCUACUGCACCGCUACUCUUGUGCUGUACCUGGGUUACCAGCACCUGUACCGUGAGUCUAACCGCGGACCUAUUAUAGAUCUGCUGAUAACAGGAAUCUUCACGUUCCUGUGGCUGGUGUCCUCCUCUGCCUGGGGAAAGGGUCUGACUGAUGUGAAACUUAAUACAAGCCCAACUUUACUUGUCUACAUAGCUGAAGCUUGUAAGAACAAACACAAUAACUGCACAGCGGGGGCACUUCCUGCCCUUGGCCCCCUCAAUUCCUCAGUGAUUGCUGGAUUCCUCAAUCUCAUUUUAUGGGCGGGAAACUGCUGGUUCAUCUUUAAAGAGACACCUUUCCACAAAUCGUCAGCUCCUUCAGCCACUCAGCAAGAAGGAAGGCAGCCUUGACAGAAGAAGAACUUAUGUCUAAUCACCAAGCAGGUUAUACCAUAAAAAGAAGAGAAAGUCCCAACUACUUUUGCUGACAGCUCUGUUGCAAUAGCAAAAGUAAAGGAGAUACUGGACAGCGUUUACAAGCCCCAUGUGCCACUGGAAAAUAUUGACAGCAUAGAUCAUUGUUUCAAACCCUAGCCAGUGGAAAGAAAUACAGGAGCUGAAUUAAGAAGUUAAAUUUGUCCUCAUCCUGCUUUUUUGAGGGCAAAUUUAAUUCCAGCUAAAAGAUAGCUCUACUUUUUUUUGUCAAAUGCUGUUUCCAUGCUUGUUCACACUUUAGGAAGCAUGGAUGAAUAUAUUAUGUUUAAAUGUGUUUGCAUAUCUUUAAAAAAUAACCAGUGUUCUUUAAAAAAAAGUCAGUUUGCUCCUCUGAUAGGACGGCUCACCAGCACCUUUGUAGCACUGAGGAAGGACAAGCCAUGUAGGUACUUACAUUUGUGGAGCCAAAUGACCAUAAAACUUUACAGUGUUAUCACCACAGGAGAAUAAUAUUAAGGAUUUAGAAUCUUUGGUGAAUAGAUUACAUUAUAAAUGUAAAACAGACUAAAGUCAGUGUUGAAGAAGGUUUCCAGACUCUCCCAUAACAGAGACCAAGACGUAAAAUAAAUUUAUCAAUAGAGGCAGAAAUAAAAAAAAUCUGCAUCAGAAAGAAGAAUCAAACCAUCAUAAUGCGAGCGUGUAGCAACGAUUGCUGCAGUUUUGAAACGGUACACAGCAAUGGUUUCAGUCUGGAACUUUUAAUGUGGUUGAAAUUAGAGCAGUACUGGCACUAAAUUACUUUGCUGUGAAUUAUACGGGUACCUAAAAUACCUAAACCGUUAUGUUAAUUUCAUUUUGUUAAGUUAAAACAAGACAUAUACAAGACUGAGCUGUUUCAGAUGGACAAGAACAAUACAAAGCACAAGCCAUUCAGAUGCAGGGUAAUGUUACAAUGCUUUAUUUACAUUUUUGGUAUCAACUAUAGAAACUGUGUAAGUGCCUCACAAAUUAAAAUACGCAUGUCUGAAUGUAAUUCUGAAUACUAAUUCUGAAGGCCACAGCUUGAAACCUUGCCAGGAAACAAUAUGUUUUUGUAGGAAAGAAAUGGUUAAGAUGUUACUGGUAGUGUUUAGGUACAUUUUUGUUUACACAGGUGUUUUUCCUAAGCUGGUUAUAGAAACUGUGUACAUUUCUGCAUGAAUAUGAAUGUAUUGACAUCAGUUUUACUGAUAGUAUUACAUGUUUUGCUCCAGAAGUAUUUUGUGAAAUAUGAUAUGUUUUGUUAUAUACAUUUUCUCCUGUUUUUGUAGACUUGAAUUUGAGGUUACAUUUCAGUUUUUCAGUAUGCUGUAUGUUUUCUAUGUAGUUUUAUACUUGGACCACUAUGGUAAAAUUUUGUGGCUUCUAUCAUCUCCAGCAAUAUCACCACUAUCUUAGUGACUGAAUGUAAUUCUGUUAAGGUAUUCAUGCUCACAGACCUUGAAAAUAUAUAUAACAAACUAAAGAAUGUUUUCCUUCCCUUUUGCUUUUGUUAAACCAGAAGUGCCCAGUCCUGGAGACCUCCCACCCUGAAGAGUUCAGAUCCAACACACCUGGCUUUAAUAUUCAGAUGCCACUGAACGCCUUCAUUACCUGGACCAGGCGUGCUGGAUUUGGGCCGGAGCAAAACUUUGCAGGGUGGUAAAUCUCCAGGAGCAGGACUGAGCACCCCUGUGUUAAACUCUGCAAAAGUGAUGGGCAGAUGCUUUAGUUUAUUUAGAAUAAUAAUUGGCAGUGUUCCGUUUAAAACAAUUUAUUUUUAUGUACCUCAACAUUUGUUGUCUUAUAUAUUAACAAAGUUUAAAAAAAACAUAUUUUGACCUUGAAAUGUGCCUUAAUUAAACAGUGUUUUCUUAAUCGUUCAA